AUGGCGGCCGCGGCAGCAGCCGCGGCUGUUGGGGACUCGGCUACCGGCGGCGGCCCAGCGGCCGUGCGGCUGCCGCGGUCACCGCCGCUCAAAGUCCUGGCGGAGCAGCUGCGGCGCGACGCGGAGGGCAGCCCGGGUGCGUGGCGGCUGUCGCGGGCGGCGACCGGCCGCGGGCCCCUGGAGCUGGUGACCGUGUGGAUGCAGGGCACGGUGGUGGCGGCGGGCGGCGGCGAGGCGCGGCUGCGGGACCCGAGCGGGGCCUUCUCGGUGCGCGGCCUGGAGCGGGUGCCGCGCGGGCGGCCCUGCCUCGUCCCAGGGAAGUAUGUGAUGGUAAUGGGAGUGGUGCAGGCGUGCAGCCCCGAGCUGUGCCUUCAGGCUGUGAAGAUGACAGAUCUCUCCGAUAACCCCAUCCACGAAAGCAUGUGGGAGCUAGAAGUGGAGGAUUUACAUAGGCAUCUUCCGUAGAUGACACUGGAACCCUUGCUAAUAACAACAGGAAUUCUGAAACAAUUUAGGUUCUUACACCAUGUAGAUUUCACAGGUAGCAUUCCGCGGACAUUUCUCAUAAGUUUCUCCAAGAUGCGAUACAUUUCUCAUAAGUUUCUCUAAGAGUUUUGCUUUGGUUGACCAAGGAGUCCGGAGGUGGGAUUUCUAUGCACUAGGACAUUCCUCUUAACUUAGCCCUCGAUGCCCCUUGCUUUGACGACUGUAGAUGAAAAGCAGAUGUGUGCUCCGUGUUUUUUUUUUUUUUCCCCUUUUGGUUUAUGUGUGUUAAUGCUCUUUAAAGCACGCAGAAAUCUCAUGUUGCAUUUUCCAAGUCUUAUAAGUGAUGGUACUUUUUCCGUUGCCACUGGGACCCUAUUUUUACGAUGUUGAAGUUGAAUCUCGCUCAUUGCCUGCGGUGAUUAAACUGUGGUUGUGGGCUCGGAAACAGACUGCGUGAAAUGGGAAUGACAUCAUGGCCCGCCUCUUCUUCCAUCAACAACUUCCAUGUCCAGCUUGCAGGUCAAACAGCGUUUUCCUGCCGCGGGCACCAGCA